CUGAACUUCAAUGACGUCGUCAAGCUACAAUCGAACAACGACAUUCGCGUGAAUCACACCGGCCACGUGCGCUACUACAUUCCAUUUUCGUCCGAGAGUCUUUGUAAACUAGACGUGAAGUUUUUCCCUUUUGAUACGCAACAAUGCACGUUGCUGUUUGGUUCGUGGGCCCAUUCAAACGAUUCCAUCAAGUAUUCGCUCUAUUCACCGAAGCUCUCAUUAAUCGAUUUCUAUGAUAAUCAAGAAUGGGAGCUUGAUACGGUUAGAAGCACAGUGAAAUCGGAUGGUUUUCUGUAUGACUAUUUGGAUCCACCAUUGUUUUGGGAAAUGAUAAUUAUUGAUCUUGUUGUGGAACGUCAGAGUUUCUAUUACGUCUUCAAUUUGGUGAUUCCGAGUACGAUUAUCACUCUUGUCGCCGUUAUCGGCUUUCAUACUCCGAGCACAAGCGGUCGAAUGAGAGACGCCAAGUUCCGUUUGGGUAUUAUGACGUUGAUGAGUAUGUCUGUGAUUUUGCUCGCCAUCGUUGAAGAUAUGCCGAAAUUCAGUAUGUCGGCGAACAGAAGAGGUCGCGGAUCAUUCUCCGGGAUCCCUUUAAUAGGUGAGUUUGCUUUAUACAAACGAAAAGCCAGGUCAGAUCUGAAUUGGAGUUUAAGAAUGCCAUGU